CCAGGCCAACGCCGCGUUGGAUGCCGGCAGCCCCUGCGCCAGGGCCUCCGCAGCGUGGCGGGCAGCAGCCCCACACCUCUCCAUGGGGUGCCCACUGCCGCUGGUCCCCCACCUGCUUUCGCAACGGGCAGCGACCCACGGCUGCGUCCCCCCCCGGAGCCCCGGCACACACCGCAGCCCAGCCAGCCCCCGGCCCGCCCCCCGGGAGCAUGGCGCAGCGGGACGGCGAGCCCAGCCCUCGGACGACGGCACUGGCAGCCUCUGAGCUGGAGUGCAAAAUCUGCUACAGCCACUACGACGCCCGCGCCCGCAGGCCCAAGGUACUCGGCUGCGGCCACCGCCUCUGCGCCAGGUGCCUGCGUAAGAUGGUGCCCCCGGGGGACGCGUCCCCCCACCAGCUCCGCUGCCCCUUCUGCCGCCAGCACAGCCCGGUGCCCGGUGGGGACGUGCAGCGGCUGCAGGACGACGGCGAGGCGCUGGCGCUGCUGACGGGCUGUGAGCGGGACAAGCAGCGGGGCCCCCCCCGCUCCCCUGAGGUCCUGCUCUGCCCCAGCGUGCUGGAGCCCGCGCCCAGCCCCGAGUGCCUGGUGGUCACCAUCCUGGAGGUGCCGGAGGACGUGUCGCCGCCUGAGGGGCUUGGCAGGCUGGAGGUGGUGAGGCUGUACCGCCCGGCCAGCCUGGGCGCGCUACCCUGCCGCGGCCCCGGCCACAAGUGCCGCUCCUGGGGGUGGCGAGCUGUCCCCCGCUUCAUCCUGGGCGUCCUCUGCCUGCUCUACUUCAGCUCCCUGCCCUUUGGCAUCUACCUCCUGCUCAUCGAGCAUCACAGCCUGGGCAUCGUCCUCGUUAGCCUCGUGCCCUGCACCCUCCUCCUCUGCAUCGUCUACAGCCUCUGCCAAUGUCUGUGCCGUGAGGUCUUUGGGUUCCCCCACUCCUGACCUUGUCUGCCGAGCCCUGUGCCGCGCCAAGGAGGCUUUGGGCACCUUGGAGCGUUGUCCCCUGGGAAACAUGUUCCUGCCCCACAGCUGACCCACAGCCUGGAGGUCUGCUUGGACCAUGGGGAGAUGCUCAGCACCUGCUGCCACCCCUUGCAGAGCAGCAUGCGCUUUGCCAAGGGGGAGCCUGCGCCGGCACGGCUGCAGGAGCUCGGUGCAGCCUACAGCAUUCAGACCAGACCCUCGACCCUCAUCAUCCUCCUCCACAGCAAAGAGUGGGACCUGGGCUGACCGCGAAGCAGCUGCCAGGAGAGGAAUCCCAACUGCCGAGCAGAGCCCGUUUCCCAGCUCUCGGGCACAUUAAACUCCGCGGUGCA